AUGAUACGGGCUUUGCUGGUUGCCGCGCUGGGUCUGCAGUUGGCUGCCGCGGUCUUCAACCGACCCAAUCCAUACUACCAGUCAUAUCCUCCGGCGUACCCGCUCGACCCGGCAAAGAACCAGAGCACGCGCGUCCUGACUAUUGGGGUCUUUGGGUGGUUCACGUCUCCGGUGCUCCCCGAUGAUUUCGGCACCUGGGCCGCCGGUGUCGAGGACGCUGUUCAGCUAUAUCUGUCUGUUCAAGCUGCCGCAGACGAGUUCAAUGCAAACAACACCCUUCUUCCCGGGAUCAAAGUGGCUGUCGACGCCAUCGACAUAUACGACGUGUCAGACAUCGGCAUGACUGCCAACUCGACGCCUACUCACCUCCCGUUGGCCGCGCACGUCCAGUUCAUCAAAGCCGAGAACGCCAUCUUCAUGAACAAAUAUGCUGGAUUUAUAGGCACGGUCGAGACUCUGGUGGCGCCGCAGACUGCAUGCAUUGGUACUGCUCCGGAACAGCUGUUGGUAGUGCACGUUGGAGGAGAAGAGAAGUCCAGGAGAGAAGGAGGAGGAAGAGGGACGCAUCUCUCUGGGAGUCGGGGAAUUGCCGACUGGGUGGCAUCCAUGGGCUGGACCAAGGUCGUGUUGCUCAUCACGUGCUCGCAAAACGAUUUUUACGGCGGCUUGUUCGUCAACGGCUUCAUCCAGCGCGCUCCCUUUCUGGGCAUCACCAUCCUCGACACCAUAUACUUCUACUGCGGCACCUCGAUGGCCCUUAGCGACAACGACUUUGUCACUCCGGUGAACAGAAUGCUGGCAACCUAUGGCCGUAUCUUUGUUGUGUUUGGGCGAAUCGAUGUGGUCUCAGCGCUCUAUCUCCAGGUCGGGGCUGUCGAGUGUGGCAUCAAAGCCGGGCUGAACCAGGAGCAGUACAUUUGGUUCACGAGCUCGGCGAGGUUCUAUGUCAGCGACUACGAGCAGUUUUUCCAGGAUCCCAGCAAUCAAGCAGCGAGCUACUACUUGGGGCGAAACGUGACCGAGUCGGAUUUAAAUGGGGAGGGCCCGGUGAGCUACUGGCCCACCAACCCCACUUGGAUCCGGUUCAACACCACAUGGUCGACCUAUGGCCAAAGGAGCCUCACCUAUCCCGUGAACCACCAACAUGUUGCCAUGCCGAUGAUAUAUGACUGCACCUUGGCGAUGCUCUACGGAUAUGAUCGGAUGCUCCGAGACUAUCCAACACAAGUCACACUCGACAAAAUCCUCAACCGAGAACUCGAUCCCUCCUUCCUGACGCCGGCCAACUUCUCUGUGCCCCAGCCGGGGUCAUGCGGUCCGCUUCAGUUUGAUGAACUGGGUGACUCAACGUCGGGAGGGCUGCACAUCUACUUGAUGACCAACAACCUCACAAUGGUCUUUCAAACGGCCCUCAUCCAGUCAACGUACAACUACACGCUCAAUGUUCGAUACGAGAACAACUACACCAUCAACGACAUUUUCCACAUCUAUGCAAAUGACAUGGCCUUCCCAGUUCCCGUGGACUUUCCGCCACUCAACCAAAUCAAUCCCGGGUACAAAGACGCAGUGGCAUUUCUGUGCAUCGGCGCCUUUCUCUGUGGCUUGGUCGUCCUUGUCCUCGUGUUCUCAGUGAUUUUCAAUGAGCGCAUCAAUCCGACAACGGCAAUGUUCCUCAGGCUGAAUCUACUUGCCGCAAUCAUAGGCUACGUCACCCUUCUCUUCCACAUCGGCACUCCGAGCUCUACGUCGUGUUUGGCCAAAUCGUACUGCGUGGCGACGGCAUAUGCGAUCAGUAUUGGGGCACACCUUGUGCGGUCUUUCGAACUCAGAAUCCUGGCCCCGUGCCGCGCAAAGGGCAAGUUGCGCGAGUCAAUCAGCCCAAAGUACAUGGCACUGACAGCGGCCGCCAUCGUGGUGCUCGGUUGGAUCAUGUGUGGUGCCUCCUACAUCCAGAGCCCUGCUGUGGUCUCCAACCUGGUUAUCUCCGGCAUUACCGUCUAUGUCGCCUGCGUGCCGUCGCAAGUGAGCCUGGAGGCCUUUGCUGCAUUUUUCGGCAUCUUGGCUCUCCUGCUCCUCUUGACACUGAGGAACUUGGAGUACUCGGCGAGGUUUGCCGAGUUCAGAACCCAAGCCGUAAUGCUCGUUCUGUCCGCUGGUCACCUGAUUGCGCUCAGCGCCAUUGCCAUCGGGCUCGAUUCGAUGGCGUCGCUGCUGAGGUACACAUACCUCAUCGGCAUCUUAUCCUGCCUCCUGAUCCCGACGGCGGUUGCCAUCCCGAUCAUCUUGGCGGUGGCGUUUGAGGUGAAGAAGUCCACGAUGGAAGAAUCAAAGGCGUUUGCCGAAUCCUGGAACAUCCCGACGAGCAAGAGUGGAUUCGUCGAGGGUUUCCUCAUCAAGAGAUACUAUCCAGUCGCGAUGAGAUUGCCUGGAAUCUCCGAGUACCGGAGCUGCACCUUGUGGAUUGUCCAAAACCACUUGGUGCUGGUUCCGGUCACGGAGAAGACCUCCAAGCGGUCGGCAACAACAAUCCCAGAGGCAUACAGCUUCUACCCGAUCAGCCGGUGCUUGGCCGAGAUCAAAGGCGAAAACGAGGUCCGGCUCGGGUUUCAGCAGCAAGAAUCGGUCCUGCUGCGUCUCUACGACCAGGAGAUCCUGGAGGAGUUCAUGCAGGCGACCAACCACGGGUUGUCCGCAUGCCAUCAUCAGGCUGCGCACGAUGGGGAUCGUGCACAGCCACCGUCGGUCCCCUUGCUGGCUCGGCAGCACCCCGGCCCGAUGUUGGCCAGGCAGGCGCGGCAGCCCGUCAGAGGGACCACCAUGGCUCCGCAAUCCAAGGCGGGCAAGCGCACGCACAUGACGACGAAGGACAGCAAGGGCGGCCACGACCGUGGUGCGGGGGGAGACGUUGUUUUGGGCAGACGAGGUCCUGUGCGGCUGGAUCUUGUGUGGCAAUGGUGGCAAGAUGAGAUGGUUGCAUCUCCGACCGAGAAGGACCUUUGGCCGGGCUAG